GCCAGCUGCUCGCUGCAUCCGCCAUCUUCGCACUUUCGCAGACCGCGAUAGAUUCUGGCAUUAUUCGCAGUUUUUUCAGCCGCUGAUCACCCUCCUUUUCAUUGCGCCGAUCUUCAUUGCUUGUCGCCACGUUACAGUAACCUUUCGAGAAUUCUCUUUUUCCUCCGUUAUUUCUCCACUCGACCUUUAAUCAUGCCUAGCCUGAAGGAUAUCGAUUCCAAGGACAGCAUGAAGCGUCUGCUGAGCAAGGCUGGUGAUGAGCUCGUCAUUGCUGAAUUCUACGCCACCUGGUGUGGAAGCUGCACGAAGGUGGCUCCCGCCUAUGAACAGUUGGCCGAGAAGUACGCGGACAGCGCCCAGUUCGUCAAGGUGGACGUGGACAAGGCCGAUGAUAUCCAUCCCGAGUACAAAGUUACUGCCACUCCCACGUUCGUGUUCAUCAAAGAUGGGAAGGCCAUCGACCAGUUCCAGGGAUCCAACGCGGGAAUGCUGGAAGCGGCCAUCCAGAAGCACGUCUAGCGAAUAACCUUUAUCCUUGAUUGCCGACGUCGAUUUUUUGUACAGUUUCUUCAAAAUUGUGUGUUUUUGUCCCGGUUUGAAGGUUUUAUUGUGUAUAUUUCUGGCAGCCACUUUUUGCCUGUGACCUGCGUUUGUCGUUUUUGCAGCUGUGAUUCGAAUUUCCGUAUUUAUGGAGACUUCAAUAAUAAAGUGAAUUACGGA